AUGUUUCGUCGAGGCUACUUUGUGACUGAUCACCUUCUUCCUCCUAGAAUGCGGGGCCCUGGUGGUGGUUACGACGACCGUUAUGUCGCGCUUCCCCGACCAGAGAUCCCGCACGAAAGAACUAUCAUCGUGAUCUCGGACGAUGAAUCUGAACCUGAAGUCAUAGCUGAUCGUCGAGAGUCUUGGCAUCACAAUGGCGACAAUGACUUGCGUCCCACGACCAGCCAUGAUGAUCUGUCAAUUCGCGGGGACAAACCCAGUCCGAUUCAGAGCCCUCAUGCGUACAAGCGUGCCAAAAUUGAAGACAAUGCAACCCUCUACCUCCACCAUGAACAUCUUGAUUUGAAUGCGAACCGAGGCAAUCAUAAUGAACUGAAGGUGUCUCACCGUGCGCAUGAUCAUCUAGCCGAGCCGUAUCCAAUCCAGCCAGGUGUGGCCCCGGCUGAGCCGACUUAUCAACAAGCAGCAGCGUUGGAGAGUGGUCAAGCUUCAUUAAGCAGCAUCGUCACACCGAACUCACGAUUACUACAGGUGGAAGCAGAGCGGCGUCCGCCAUACUUUGUGGAUGGUUGCUUUGAGGUAAAAAUGUACAACGGACCGGGCUACGAAAAGUUUCCUGUUGUCCUGGGCACAGUAAAAGGCCAUCAAGAGAUAUGCAACAAGUGGGAUGCAGAAGAAAAGAAGAAAUUGGAACGCCAGGCGGAGAGACUGCGACAAGAACUCAAUUCCGUCGGCAAGGACCCCAACUGGAAAUAUGAAUCUGCAUUUCUCGAUCAGGUGGAUCAUCACGAAGACCCUUCUAAAGAGCUUCUAGAACGCUGUCUCGAAAGUGUCAGAGAGGUAUUCCCAGAUAUUGAGGUCGCUUUCAUCACAAAGAAAAUCGAAGCUACGGGAGAGGCUGCGCUCACCAACGUUGAUGGUGCUGUUGUCAGACCGGAACCCACACAGGUUGCCCAGACUGUCAUCGACGAAGUUUUGGAGAUGGAUACGUAUCCGAGAGAAGACACUACUACUUCUAGCGGCCGGGACCGUGCCCCUCCUGACGGUACUGGUGUCACAAUCUCUUGGGAUCGCGACCUUGAAAAAGAUGCUAUGUAUCUCAAGGAUGCGGUCAUCUUGCUGGCAAAGACAUUCGAUCAUGUGCCGACGCAUCACAUCCACAAGAUCGUGGAGGAGAAAAAAUCAAUAUUCAACGCAUACGUACACCUUUAUGAGCAGGAGGAGCAAUUCUACUCUUCGUCAGCACGUCCUUAUCAUCGGUUGAGAAACCCUCGGAGAGAAGUCGAGAAAAAAUAUCUGCUCACCCCCAACGAUCGGCGCAUACCCUACCAGUAUUACCACCGAGUCAAUGAGCUGCAAGCUGCUAAACAACAUGUGGCUCGGGAAGCCAUCCAGGACGCCGCGAGAAAGGCAAAGGAGGUAGCCGAGCUUGCGAAUCUUCUUUCACACAUUGAGACGGGUGCAUUGGCCGAAUGUCAGUGUUGCUUUGAUGCCGAGACACCACUCAACCGAAUUGUACCUUGCAUGGCAGAUCAGCAGCAUUACUUUUGCUACGCUUGUGUUGAGAGCCUGGCGAAUAACCAGGUCGGCAUGAUGAGGCAUGAGAUGAAGUGUAUGGACGGCGGUGGUUGCACUGCUGAUCUCUCCAACGAGCAUGUUGGCAAGGCCGUGCCCAUAGUGACCUUUGACCGACUGGAGAUGAACAGACAACAAGCCGAAGUUAUGGCUGCCGGUAUUGACGGUCUUGAAAAAUGCAGAUGGUGUGAUUAUCAAGCUAUCUGUGACACUGUGGAACACGAUCCUGUCUUUGUUUGUCUCAACCCCGAUUGCAAGCGCGCAACAUGCCGAAGAUGCAACCAGGAUAACCACUUGCCAAAGUCCUGUAAAGAAAACAAGCAAGAUGGCUUGCUCAGUGGGCGUCAUAACAUCGAGGAGGCUCGGUCGGAGGCAAUCAUGCGGACCUGUCCCAACAAGAAGUGCGGAGUCAAAAUCAUUAAAGACUUUGGCUGCAACAAAAUGCAGUGUGUCAAGUGUCAAUCUAAAAUGUGCUACGUUUGCAAGGAAGACAUCUCGCACCUCGGCAACAACGCGUACUGGCACUUCAACAAACCAGGGGCCAAAUGCCCGCUCUAUGACGAAGCAGGGGCCGACAAUCGACACGAAGAAGAGGCUAUGAUUGCGGAGCUUAAAGCAAUCGAAACGCUCAAGAAGACUAAUGUCGACGUCGACGAAAGUCAGCUUCGAAUUGAGUCGGGAAAAUCGCGAGCGCUCAAAUUAGAUGAGCAUCCGGCUGCGGACCUUUUCUACCAGGGUAUGUUGGAGCGAGCUGGACGCAUCGGUCAUGAACAGCACCGCAUUCAAGUACUACAGCAGCGUAUUGCUCUCAUGCAGGAAAUGAUGCCUGACCCUGAGGAAGAGGCUUUUAUUCAAGCACUGCUUCAGGAACCAGAGGCCGGGCAAUUCAAUAGAGAUGGAGUGCGCGACUUGCACGCGAACUUAGAAGUACGACUCGAUCGACAAAUCGGUGCGAAUAUCUUUGCGGAUGCGAUUGAGAUGGCAGCUGUACGCGCUGACCAGAACUUGGGAGCAGCACCCAAUGCAGCAGCGCCUCCAAUGGGUUGGCCUGUCAACCCUCCGGCGGCUCCUGCGGCACUGGGCCGUGACAGAAAUGGCCACUUCCGAGGUGCAGCUAAUCUACCGAACCUUCCAAGGCUUCCAAUGCUGGGAGCAGCGCCAGGACUUCCAGUACAGUAUCCCCUAGCGCAAGGCCAGCUCGGGGGCGAGCGUCAAUUGCAGCCAGCGCAGUGUCAUGCGGAUCGCAGAGCCAGACUAAACCAUCCUCGUCAACCAAAUGUUGGCCAGCCAGAGAAUCCGCCGCAUAUGAUUCCUGGUCGACGUCGUCCCUGA